AUGUCGACAAAUCGACUAACACCAUUCACUAAACGUACUAUGCCGAUCAAUAAUAACACACAUACAAUACCUGAUAUACUUGGUCAUGAACAAAUUGAUUUAACACGUUUAAAAAAACAAGCACAAUUAACUCAAACACAAAUACCAAAAAUUCCACGUAUUGCACGUACAUUAAAUACACUUGAUAAUGUUUUAAAAAUCUUAGAAGAACAUAGUCGAAUAUCAAAAUGUCAAAUUGAUCAACUUAUACAAUCUGUUGAAAAAGAAAAUCCUCAAUUAGCACGACAAUUACAUGAAUCACAAGUUGCUUAUUUAAAAUUACAAGCUCAUACAGCUUCAUUACAAAGUUUAAAAGAAUGUUAUUGUCGUUAUGCUCAUAUGCUUGAUGGUGCAAGAACAAUGUUUAAUGCAUAUCAACAAACUACAACAAGACGAGAUUCAAUUGAUCAAGUUAAACUUGGUCUAAAAGAAUGCACGAAAACUUUAUGUGCAAUUGAAGCUCAAUUAGAAGCAAUGUUAGGUACAUUUAUAUUAAAUUUACAAGAAAUAAGUGGUUUUUCUCGAAUAUGUCCUGGAGAUGAAUAUGAAUUAGUUAUACGUUAUGGACAACAAAAAUGGAAAACACGUGGUCGUAUACUUAAACAUGAUAAAAAUGAACAAAUAUGGACACGAAAAAUAUUUCAUUUAAAAGCUAAAUUAGCUGAUUUAUUAUUAAUUAAAAUUAGUGAAGUUAAAUUAUUAGGUGUUUCAUUAAAAACAAUUGGAACAAAAUGUUUUGAAGUUAAUAAUUUUUAUUCAAUGGAAACACAACGAAUGAUUAUUAAUGCAAAUCAAAGUGGAACAAUUAAAUUAAUUUUUUUGGUUAAUUGGGAUCUUUAUGAUCAAGUUGAUACAAAAUUUACAUUUUAUAAUCCAAAUCGAACAUAUUCCGAUGUAACACGAACAUGGUCAAUGUUUGUUGGAAAUACAACAUUACUUCGAACUGUAAAUGAUACACUUACAUCAUCUUCUGUUUCAUCUUCUUCUGCUUCAUCUCAAUAUUCUGCUAAACGUUUAUCAACAUUUUGUCCAAUAAAUUCUCAAGAAACUAAUGAAUAUGUAACAUAUAAUUCAAUAAUAGAUGAAAGUAAUCAUUAUGAUGAAAUCGAUUUAGAAAAUAAACAUGAACAAAUAUCAAAACAAGAAGAAGAAAUUUGUGAUAAUUGUCCUGUUCAUGAUGAUGUUCAUUUAUCAUCAAAUUCAUCAUCAUUUGCUGCUGGUUUAAAUUCUGAUGAAAUAUCAUCAUCAGCAUCAAUUGAUUAUUGUCAAACAGAAGAAGAAGAAGAAGAAGAAGAAGAAGAAUGUGUUGAAAAUGAAUCAAUUUAUGAACUUGAUUUACUUAUUGAUCAAGUUCGAACAUGUUUAGAUGAUUUACGUCUUAUUGAUCGAUCAUUUUCAAUAAUAUUUGAUAAAAUUGAACAAAUUAUAAAUGAUUUAGAUCGAAUACUUAAAAUUCAAAUUCAUGAACAAACAGAAAAAACAUUAGAAAUUGAAAAUAUUCUUAUUGAUUUUAAUUUUUUAAAUACAUUUGAUGAUGAAGAUACAUUAAAAACAAUUGAUUCAGGUUUUGAAGGUGAACAACAACAAAUAAAACAAAAUGAUAAUUUUAAAUCAAAUAUAAAUCAACCAAUAAAUACGAUUUUUGUUGAUAUACUUAAUCGAAUUUUAAUUCUUCUUUAUUAUAUUCAAAAUCGUUCGAAAUCUGAUGAUAAUCUUAUUCUUGAACAUCUUAAUGAUCAAAAUGAACAAUUGACUAUGGCUAUAUCUUGGUGUGAAAAUCAAGUACAAGAUGUUAAACAAGCAUUAUCUCAAUCUGAUCAAUCGAUUGUUGAAUUUUGGUUAAAAUGUUGUUCAAAUGAAACAUUCAUUAUUUCUUUUGAACAUUGUCUCAAUGAAAUAAUGAAAUAUUUAAAUUGUAAUCAAGAUAUUGCUGAAUAUCUAUUAAAUAAUCUUUGUUGUUUAUCAUUUCGAAUAAAUUUUAUUCAUCCAAAAUAUUUAACACUUAUUCAAAUAUGGUUUCUCUUAAAAAAAGAUCGUUCUGACAUUGAAAAAGAUAUUAAAAUAGCAAAUGAACAAAUUGAAUUUUCAAAAAAUCUUUCCAAUUUAAUUUUAAAUAAUAAUUAUACUCAAAUAGCUUUGAUGCUUAAUCGACGUACGUUAAAUAAUAAUGAACUAAUUAAUCGAUUAUUAUAUGAAUAUGAUUUUAAACUUCCAGAUGAAUUGAUUGGUAUGUUAUUAACAUCAAUUCGUCAUGAUGUAAUAUCUCAUUUACGUACAGCAUUAUUAUCUCAUAAUGAUAAUCCAUAUUUUAUUAUGGGUAAACAAAAUCGUGUUAUUGCUCAAAAAGCAAAAGUUAAACAACAACAACAUAAUAAAAAACCAAAAGCUGUUAAAACUAAUUUAAAACGAUUAAAUGAACAAGUAAGAAAAAAAGUUGAACAAGUUGAUAAAUUAUAUGAUAAUAAAGAUGACAAUCAAUCGAACGAAAAAAAACAAAAAAUGGAAACAACAAAACAAGAUACAUCUUCCGUAGAUAAAAAAUAA